AUGGCUGCCUGGUGUCUGGCUCUCCUCACUGGGUGGCUCCUGGCAGCCUCCCAGCCAGUCCUAACUGAGCCGGACGCACUGCUGGUCUUCCCAGGCCAGACGGCCCAGCUUUCCUGCACACUGAGCCCCAGUCAUGCUGCCAUCAGCGACUAUGGUGUGUCCUGGUACCAGCAGCACUUGGGCAGUGCCCCUCGGUACCUCCUCUACUACCGCGCCGAGGACGACCAGCACCGGCCUGACCAUGUCCCAGCCCGGUUCUCGGUCACCAGGGACGCGGUCGGCAACACCUGUGUGCUGACCAUCAGCCCUGUGCAGCCUGAGGACGACGCUGACUAUUACUGCUCCGUGGGCUAUGGCUUCAGCCCCUAG